GCCGUCUGGUCACUUAUGGCUAUAUUCUUUGGGAUCAGUGCCUGUAGACCUUACAACAGAAAAGAUGUCCUUCAGAGCAAACUCACUGGCUUGGUGGACGAGAACCUCUACUGCCUCCUGAAUGAUCAGUUCCUUGUGAAGUUCCCCAUGUCAGCUGAGGCUGCUCACAUGAGUAAUGAGACAAAGCAACAAGAAGUAGAAAAGCUUUUCCUCAAAGUCCUGCAGAAGGCAGCAAAGGAAACAACCCUCAUUUUUAUCAUUGAUGAAGCUCAUUACAUUGAUCCUGCCUCAUGGGACUUUUUGGCACAUCUCCUCUCGCAUGUCCCUGUCUUGAUAGUCAUGUCAUUGGUUCCUUUCCCUUCUAAGCAGCUCAUCCCCUGCUUUUCUGCAAAAAGUAUUUUGAAGAGCCCCAAGACCACUACUGUUGUCCUCUGCGAGCUGAAACUUUCCCUGAUCCUAGAGAUGGCCUGUCAGGUCCUGGGAGUGAUCAGCAUCCCCCAAGAGCUGAAAAUGUUCCUUAUACAAAGAAGCUUUGGGGUCCCUCUCUACUGUGAGGAGUUAUCGGUGAAUCUCAUUGCCAGUGAUGUUCUUCAGAUCUGUCACAUCCCAGAUGAGGAAAAAGAAGAAAACAAGUGGUCUAACCUGUCUGUCAUUGCCAUCACAUCGAUACCAUACAAAGUGCCUCUUGUCAAGGAGAGAGAGCUUUACACCUGUAGAGUCAAGAAAGGUGUCAACUUGGAUACCAUACUGCUCCCACCGAGGCUGAAGGAGAUUGCUGUGCUCCAGCUGGACAGCUUCAGCCCUUCUGAGCAGAUACUGGUUAAAUGUGCAGCUGUCAUUGGCCAUAUCUUUACUGUGGAGCUGCUGCUCUUCAUCUUUCCGGCAUGGACAAGUGAGAAAAUGGAGAAUACCCUCAGGACCCUGAUAAAUUCCCGUGUAUUUGAGUUUGUAGGAAAAAAGAGAGGCUGGGAACACUUACGCACACAUCUGGGUUCCCCGGUGACACGAACAAUGGGAUCAGAUAUAGCUGAAGAUAUUGGAGCUGCUGUUCACUUCGGUCUGAAAAACCAGGGGAGGGCUCUGAGAUUCUGUGCUCCCCUUCUACGGGAAGGAGCCUAUGAGCUACUGCUAGAAGAUCAGAAGAGGGCCUUGCAUGACAGAUGCACCGUCUUUCUAGACUGUAAAGCUCACAAAUGUAACAGCUGUGGUGGAGGGGACUUUAUUUCCUUACUUCCUUUACACUGCAAUGUAGACUUAUCCUUAUGGGGACCAGGCAGUGAGAAUAAGGACAAGGUGCUGCUGGUUCCUGAAGAGAAUCUGAAGAGGCUUGAAGCUCUUCAUGCACAAGGUCAGGAAACUGAACAUUCAGGUUGUGUAGUAGAGAGGACUGAUGUCUCCCUCAGGGAGGAGCUCACCGUAGACGCUCCUGCAGCCUUGCAUGAAGAGAAUGUACAGAACAGGGCAAAGUCAUUCACGAAUAAGCAGGGUUUGCCAGACGAUCAUCUCAGGGUUGAGGAAGAGUUCCUGGACAGAGUGGGUAAGAUUCUUGAAGAUCAUGAAAGGGGGCAAGUGGAAGCCAGGAACCUUGCACCUUGUGAAUGUAGAGAGGCUGUGGCAUCAGUGGUCUAUGCUUUAGCACACCAUUACAUGAUGAUGGAUGACAGACCCAUGGCCUUUUAUUAUCUCCUGGAGUCUGCAGCUGCUUCCUUAUAUUUAUCCAACAAUUACAUGGCAUACUUUUAUUUGGAAAAAGCUACCAGCCAGAAGAAAAUGCCCGUGUUAAAGAUGCUCCCAUAUCAAAAGAUGCACAAAUUCAAGGUCAGCCAGUUGGAGGAAGCCAUCUUCUGCAGCCUCAAGGGAGAGGUCUGCUUCAAUCUGGGCCAAAUCUCAUUGGCGAAGAAACUCAUUAAGAGGGCCCUCUGCCUCUUGCAUAAGGGAUUUCCCAGUACCGGGGUUGGAGCCUUCUUCAGAUUGUUGCUGGAAGAGUCAAAGCACUUUUCAUCUCAUGCUCGACAGCGUCAGGCCCAGAACAUUGAUGAGAAGGCAUUAGCUGUCUUGAAACAGCAGAUCCGUUGCCUCUCUUUGCUCUGGAAGCUCUACAGUUUAGAUUCUACCUCCAGCAGGAAGUAUUCAUGGCUGGCAGCCCUGAUGGAAAUCAAUUUGGCAGAGGAGUGUGAGAACCAAGUGCAAGUCAUCUCAACAUAUAUGGAUUUUUCACAGUUCUCCCAAAAUAUGGGUUACAAAGAUGAAUGGCUGAAAUAUGAAAUGAUGGCUAUCCAAAGAAGCUUCCAAUGCAACUUCACCCUCAUCAGGGAGAGGCUGUUAAUGACAGCCCAGUUAACUCAGGUGCUGGCUUAUAGCAAGCUAUGCUUAGGUCAUCUGACCCAGUCCAUCCAGCUGGGCUUUCAAGCUCAUCUCUUGUGUGAGCAGCUCCAGGAAACCAGCCUCCACUACUUGGUUCUUUCUGUUCUCUUCAAAGCUGCACUCCUGAAGAACAAGUACACACAGUGCAUCAGUGUCUUAGAGUGGCUCUGGGAACUUGCUACUCAAGAGGAGAAUAUCAUUGCCCUGGCAUGUUUCUAUUCAGCCUGUUUAGACCUGCUUUGCGAUGCUGGGUAUGAUUACAGACCCUUUGAGGAGUGUCUGCAGUUCAUAAAGCAAUAUGAAACCAGCUGCAUCCUUAAGUGUCAGAGUAACAUCAUGCUGAGUCUGUACGCAUCUUUGGCUAUCUGGUUUGGCAGGUCCCACUGCUGGAGCCUGUUCAAAGACAGUUUCACCAAGGCUGAGCAGCUGGUGAGCAGAACAAAUGCCUCCCUCUUUGGUACCCACGGUUUCUUCAGGUUCCUGGAGUGCCAGGUGUUGUUGCUGUUGAAAAUCAUGGACGAUGCCCCUAAGAAAGUCCAAGAGAUGCGCAGCUCAACACUGAAGUACUUUGAGGAAUUCCUUUCUCGCUGCUCAACAAGUCCAGUCUACCACACAAGAGUUUACAGCCUGAAGGCCUCAGUGAAUCUCCUGGGAGAUGAAGAAAAGAACCACAUCCAUUUGUCAAAGGCGCUCAAACAUUCACACGUGCAGCAAAACAACAUGGAGGAGCAUGAGCACAAGAUGGGUCCAAAGCAAGAUCUGUAGGAAUUCCUCCUUGCAACUCCACUUAAGCUGAGCUCUGAGCUCUUCAGUGCAUGAGCCUCAUGCACUUUCUCCCUCACGAGCAUCUCUUUAACAUCAGUCCAGCUUCUACUUAUCACUAACCAUGCUGAGAUUUCCUUUUUCAUCCACCAACAUGGACUGGAAGAUCUCAGCAACAAAGGUCAAGAUGAAGAGGACUCAAAAAAAAUAUGCCUCACCCAACAUGGAUGCCAAAUCCAGACUGAAGUAAGUCCACCUUCUGUUCAUCCAUAGCCAGAGCAUACGUUCACAUUUCUUCUGCUGAGCUAUGGAAUACACCAUCCCUGAGCUCAGACCAUGGCCAUGGUCUUCAAGAAAAUCCCAGCGAGUUGUUCAAACAGUACGAGUGGGCAGGAGAGAUGUUGGAAGCUGGGACGUGACUUAUGGUGGUGAGGAGACCAUACUGUCUCAUAAGCAUGUACAGAGAAGGGCAUUAUGGAAAAAUCUACCCCAUUUUGUAGACUUCCUUCAUUUUUCCAUUAGUCCAUGUAUUUUAUAUAG